AUGCUGCUGGGCCGGGUCACCUCCACCCCCUUCUCCGUCAAUGACAUCCURCGGCUGGAGCGAGAGCAGAGCGAUCACGAAGCCUUGCCACAAUGGGGGAUGCGGAGGAGCCUGGAAAACUCUCAGYACCUGGGAAUGGACUCGGAACCGCGAGGAUUAGAGGUUAACAACGCCAGUGAUGGGGGCAGCUGCGAUAAAGAACGGGAACCUUCUGGGGGACCUUGUGAGGCAGUCAUGGAGAAAGACGCGGAACGAGUGGAGGAGCCACAGCCGGGCCUGGGUGCAGCUUCGCUCCUCCGAGGUGGGAAAAGGGUGCUGGAGCGCAGCGUUGGGAACAGCGGUGGCAGCACGCAACAGCCCAAGACGCGACAGCGGAGGAAGCCCCGUGUUCUGUUCUCACAGGCACAGGUGCUGGCCCUGGAGCGGCGCUUCAAGCAGCAGCGGUACCUGUCGGCGCCAGAACGCGACCACCUGGCCAACGCGCUGCAGCUCACGUCCACACAGGUCAAGAUCUGGUUCCAGAACCGCCGCUACAAGUGCAAGAGGCAGCGCCAGGACAAGUCACUGGAACUGGCUGGCCACCCACUAGCGCCUCGCCGAGUGGCAGUACCGGUGCUGGUGCGCGAUGGCAAGCCUUGCCUGGGCCCGGGCCAGCCGCCCUUCACCGGCCCCUACGCGGCUGCCGCGACGCCCUUUUCCUGCUACGGUGGUUACGCGAGCGCCCCCUAUAGCGCAGGCUACAACGUCGGCUAUGCCGGUGCGGGACCCGCGCCACCCACGCCACUGGCCAACUCGGGUUUCAGCCCUGGCGGCCCGAGCGCCACGCCGCAGGGCCAUCUGCCCUCCACGAUGCAGGGCGUCAGGGCCUGGUGA